AAAUUACAGAGAAAGAGAAAGAAAAUAAAAGAAAAAGAAAAGAAAGCCAUAGACAAAAUAACACAUCAUGCAAAUAAAAAACCCAUCGCUGUCUUAACCUCUGCAUGUCUUAUAACUCUCUUUCUCUCUCUUACACAGCACAGAAAAUUAAACCCAUUUUACUCGUAUAUAUCUCUGCUUCUCUGUCUUUAUCGGGGCUCCGUGCCCCGACCCUGGAACCUCAAUCGGAUCUUUCCUACAUUUUCCGCCGGAAAAUUUUAUUAUAUCAAGGAAAAAUGUACUCGGCGAUACACUCGUUGCCGUUGGAUGGGAGUGUAGGACAUGGAGAUUUUCAAGGCUCGCUGGACGGAACCAACUUGCCUGGGGAUGCGUGCUUGGUUCUUACUACGGAUCCGAAGCCCCGUCUCCGGUGGACAGCCGAGCUCCACGAGAGAUUCGUCGAUGCUGUCACCCAACUCGGUGGACCUGAUAAAGCAACACCAAAAACGAUUAUGAGGACAAUGGGAGUAAAGGGCCUCACUCUAUAUCACUUAAAAUCUCACCUACAGAAAUACAGGCUGGGAAGGCAAUCCUGCAAAGAAUCAAACGAUAACUCUAAGGAUGUAGUUGGGAUUGCAGCAUCUGUUGCAGAAAGUCAGGAUACUGGUUCAUCUACAUCAACGUCAUCAAGAAUGAUGGCACAGGAUCUAAAUGAUGGUUACCAGGUUACUGAAGCUUUGCGAGUACAGAUGGAAGUCCAACGAAGAUUGCAUGAGCAGCUUGAGGUGCAGCGUCGUCUCCAACUUCGAAUUGAAGCACAGGGUAAAUACCUACAAUCAAUCCUUGAAAAAGCUUGUAAAGCACUGAAUGAUCAGGUGCUGAACGAUCAGGCUGCUGCCUCUGCUGGGCUUGAAGCUGCUAGGGAAGAGCUGUCUGAACUGGCAAUAAAAGUUUCCAAUGAAUGCCAAGGAAUGCUCCCAGUCGAUAAUAUAAAAAUGCCUUCAUUACCUGAACUUGCUGCAGCUCUAGAGAACAAAAAUACUACAAAUUUGCCAGGUCGGAUUGGUGAAUGCUCCAUAGAAAGCUGCUUGACUUCAACGGGGAGCCCAGUUUCUCCAAUGGGUGUGGGUUCACAGGCUGCUGUGACCAUGAAGAAAAGACCAAGGCCUGCAUUUGGUAAUGGAGACACGUUGCCCUUAGAGGGAAGCUUGCGGCAAGAAGUAGAAUGGGUGAUGAGUAAUAUUGGAUGAGUGGCAAAGACAUUUAUUUCCAUCCUAGAAACAGAAACUCAUUUGUUUCUCUUUUGGGGUUAUUUUUCCUUGUUUAGUAGGUCUAAGAGUCAUGCUGACCUUAAUCAAGUGUAUCAUUGGUGGUCUGUAUAGUCUUGGAUCUUUUGAGUUAAGAAGAUAUCUCUUAUAAUUUGCAAGUCU